GCAAGACCACCUAAUUAGCGAAGUUAGCAGCUAGCCAUGGCCGAGAGGGAGGGAGCAAUGGUGAAGAAGGGGCACGAGGAAGGCCUGAAGCUGGCCACGUCGCUGCUGGAGGAGUUCGGGCUGCCGCUGGGCCUGCUGCCUCUGGCGGACGUCAUCGAGGUCGGCUUCGUGCGCGCCACCGGCUACAUGUGGAUCGCGCAGCAGAAGAAGGUGGAGCACCGUUUUAAGAUGGUGAGCAAGCAGGUGAGCUACGACGUGGAGAUCACCGGCUACGUCAAGACCAAAUGCAUCAAGAAGCUCAAGGGUGUCAAGGCCAAGGAGCUCAUGCUGUGGCCGCCGGUCAACGAGAUCACUGUCGACGAUCCGCCCACCGGCAAGAUCGUCUUCAGGAGCCUCGCCGGCGUCACCAAGACCUUCCCCGUCGAGGCCUUUGCCGCCGGCCAGUAGGCGCGCCCGGGCAGGGCAUUGCCUGGCCUCAGCAUUUCCGUAUUUAUACCGCGGUUUGGGUUUCGUUGAAGACUGCUACUACUACUACUUGGCGUAGGGGUACUGGCUACUGAAGCAGGUGCAUUUAUUUAAUUUCGCGAGUUUGCUGUUCUGAAAGCUACGAUCAAGCUUUGUACUAUCGUGUGGUUACAAGUGUGUCCGUGUGUGCGUUGUACUUUCAA